AUGGUAUUCGGACGCAAGAAGGACGACGACGAUUCCUCUAACCGCCGUGCGCUCUUCGGCUCUAGGUCGAAGAACAAGAGUCCCGCGCCUCCCGCCAACCCUUACGCAAAGCCUAUUCCUACCGACCCUUACACUAAAGCCAAGAUAAAUGCUGGAGUGGCUCCUCUACCAGCGGGCGAACAGCCACCUGCUCACAACACUCCCGCGGGCGCAAACGUUCCUGGCGACAACAAGCUCCAGGGAGGUUAUGCUCCCAACAAGUUUGUCAACCAAGGUGGAUAUGGAGGUGAUCGAUUUGGUGGUGGGGGUCCAGCCCCGGCCGCGUCGCGGUAUGGCCCCGGUGGGUAUGGAGGAUUAGGUAGCGCCGAUCCCAAUGAUCCAGGGUGCACCACCCCCCCGUACUCCGAGGGCACUCCCUCUUACGGCGGCGGUAGCAAUGCAUACACCACUUCGACCUAUCAGGAGCGCCAUCUUACAGCAGAGGAAGAGGAAGAAGAAGAGAUCCAGACCAUCAAGCAGGAUAUUCGGUUUAUCAAGCAGGGUGAUGUGGCUUCCACCCGGAAUGCGCUUCGUAUCGCGGCGCAGGCCGAGGAGACAGGUCGGGAAACUCUUGCUCGUUUGGGUGCGCAAGGCGAGCGGAUCCACGAUACUGAGAAGAGCUUGGACAUUGCCACGAUAGAAGGUCGCAUUGCCGAGGAGAAGGCAAAGGAGUUGAAGACGCUUAACAAGAGCAUGUUCGCCGUUCAUGUCUCAAAUCCUUUUACCAGCGCCCGUCGUCGCCGAGACCGCGAUGAGAAGAUCUUGAAUACUCACCGGGAAGAGCGUGAAACUCGUGAAGGCACUCGCAAGGAGGCUUUCGGCACCAACCAGCGUAUGGAGCGUACGUUCAGAGAGAUCGACCGUGAAGCCGGCAAGCAUAACGGACGAGCGCGUACAAACGCUACCGAGCGUGCUAAGUAUCAAUUCGAGGCUGAUAGUGAGGAUGAGGCGAUGGAGGACGAGAUUGAACAGAAUCUGGACUUGCUGUCCGGAGCUGCAGGCCGGUUGCAUGGGCUUUCUAAAGCGACAGGCCGCGAGCUGGAUGAGCAGAAUCGCCAUCUGGAGCGUAUCAUGCAAAAGAGCGAUUUUGUCGACGACCAGAUUGCUAUGAACCGCGCCAAGCUGGACCGGAUUCGUUAGACUUCCUGUGGUAUAUAGAGAAUUCGCGGGAA